CGGCAAACGGCUAAUGCUCCUUCCUGUCACCAUGGCCGUCCACACCACCACCUCCUCCUCACAUCCCCUCCUCUUCCUCUAUCGCGGCACCGCAAACCCUAGCCCCGCGGUUAUCUCCUUGCCUUCUUCUCUCCGUGGCGUGUCUCUCCGCUCCCGGGCCACCGCCGCACCGCCCGCAGAGACCCUCUCUGACGACGGCAUCCCUGACGCGCCACCGGAAGGGGAGGGAACGGGAAUUCCGUUGCCAUCGUCGAUUGGGGAUGAUGGGGAGCAGUUGUUGUAUGGGAUUGCUGGAAAAGAAAUUGUUACAAGGCCUUGUGCACAGUUGGUCUCCUCUCAUAGUGAUUCUUUAGAUGUAUCACAAGAGAAAAUAGUGAUAAUAAACAGAUAUGGAGAGAGACUUGUUGGUGUUUUGCAUGAAACUGGAUCUAAGGAGCUUGUAGUGUUGUGCCACGGAUUUAGGUCAUCAAAGGAAGGCAGAACUAUAGUGAGUCUUGCUGAUGCAUUGACAUCAGAAAAUAUCAGCAUAUUUCGUUUUGAUUUUUCUGGCAAUGGAGAAAGUGAAGGCACUUUUGAAUACGGCAACUACUAUAAAGAAGUGGACGAUUUACGUGAUGUGAUCCUACAUUUCAAAAAACACAAACGUGACACCCAUGCUAUUGCUGGCCACAGUAAGGGUGGGAAUGUGGUUAUCCUCUAUGCAUCCAUAUAUCAUGAUAUAUCUAAAGUUGUUAACCUGUCUGGAAGGUUUAAGCUGGAACGUGGUAUUGAAGAUCGUUUUGGAAAUGAUUACAUGGAAAAGAUUGAUCAGCAUGGUUUCAUUGAUGUGGAAGACAAAACAGGACGUAUCAUCUACCGUGUGACCAAACAAAGUCUGAUGGACCGUCUUAAGACAGAUAUGCACUCUGCAUGCUUGUCUAUUGACCCAAACUGCAGGGUGUUGACUGUACAUGGUGCUAAUGACGAUGUUGUGCCAUCAGAGGAUGCUCUAGAAUUUAAUAAGUACAUAAGCAACCAUGAAUUGCAUAUUAUUGAAAAAGCUGAUCAUAGAUAUGCAUCUCAUCAGCUUGAAUUAGCUGCAGUUGUACUGAAAUUUAUUAAAUCUAAAUGAAGCUCGCACCCAAGCAGAAGAUCAGAAUCAAGCUGCGGUCCUACUGGGUGCCGUUGAUAGAGGACUCAUGCAAGAAGAUAAUUGAAGCUGCCCAAACAACCAACGCAAAGACCAUGGGUCCUGUUCCUCUGCCCACUAAGCGGAGAGUCUAUUGUGUGCUCAACUCUCCUCACGUGCACAAGGAUUCACGGUUCCAUUUUGAGAUCCGGACGCAUCAGCGGCUGAUUGAUAUCAUGUAUCCAACUGCCCAAACAAUUGAUUCAUUGAUGCAACUCCAGCUCCCUGCCGGUGUGGAUGUUGAGGUUAAGCUAUGAUUCUGUUGGAGCUAAACUUUUCCAAGUUUGAUGUAAUGUGGUACUCAUUUUCUGCAGCUUUUCUUCUUGAUCCUUUUGUUGUCUGGAUGGGCAAAACACUUUUUCAUGCUGGUUGCACUGAUUCUGGGACAAGACUAACGAAGCUUUCUAACUUGCA